AUGUCUAUACCCUUGUCCUUCGUGCGCGAGCUACCGGCACCACCAGACGAGUUGUCGCUUGGGGAUCUGCUCGUCGAGAGCGUCACAAACAAUGGCCGCGUUGACACCUUCUUCGACUGUCUCCCCAGCACGACAAAACCUGCGCUGUACUCUCCAAACACGAUGCGGAAGCCACUGUGCCACAACGUGAUUCGAGACUUCGUCUCGACCUUCGUCUUCCCUGUCUCGAGCCCUACCAAGCGGUUGGGGCCCAACGAUCGCAUCAUGGUCGCUCUGCCCACAACGCCGGAGAACGGUCUUGCGCUGCUUGCCCUGGCUUCCUAUCACACCACAGCCCCCGUUAACGCGACCUGCACAGCGUCAGAGCUGUUCGAAGACGCUGAGCGGCUUGGAGCGAAGGCAGUCCUGGCGACGAGAGAUGCGGAAGACCGGCUGGAGCUUAAGAACAUCAAGGAGAAGCUUGGUUGCGAGAUUGUCUAUCUCGAAGAGCGGUCGGAUGGACCCACUGGACUUUUCGACCUCACGCUCAUGGACUUUCCCGACGAUGUGACAAUUGGGUACGACGAGGAGAAGUGUCAGCCAUCUCAACUCCAUGGGCUCGAUGACCAGUCGCUCGUUCUCCACACAUCUGGCACUAGCGGAAAGAAAAAGGUCGUACCGUACACCCUUCGAUCUCUCAUCGUCGGCACUUGCGCCGUCAUGACGUCGUGGGAUCUCAAGGAAGACGACAUCAAUAUGAACAUGAUGCCUUUGUUUCACGUUGGAGGCAUAGUCCGCAAUCUGUUUGCGCCCAUCUUAUCUGGCGGUGCGGCUGUCAUGUGUGCUGGCUUUGACGCCGCAGCGUUCUGGUCUUUGUCUACGGAAUUGGGUACCACUUGGUAUUACGCGGCUCCCACGAUGCACCAAGCGAUUUUGAACUCCCGGCCUGACUCCAUCGUACCCUCGCGGGCCACGAAGUACCGCCUCAUCUGCAAUGCUGCUGGUGGCCUGCUUCCUGUUCUUGCUGAAGAGCUGCGCAACACUUUCGGCGCCACUAUCUUGCCCUCCUAUGGAUCAACAGAAUGCAUGCCGAUCGCGAGUCCUCCAACGACAUACAAGCUCGAGCGCCCUGGUUGUUCCGGCAUUGCCUGUGGCCCUUAUCUCUCCAUCCGCGACCCGCUGAAUCUCGAGCGCGAGCUUCCCCGCGGACAGACUGGCGCAGUGUCCGUUCGCGGUCUGCCCACCUUCGUCGGCUACGAGAAGGAAUCGACCCGUGACGUCCCUCUGGACACUUCGGCAUUCUCCAGCGAAGGUUGGUUCGACUCUGGCGAUUGCGGAUACAUGGAUAAGGACGGCUACCUCUUCAUCACCGGACGCUCUAAGGAGAUCAUCAAUCGUGGCGGAGAAGUCAUCUCUCCGUUUGAGAUCGAAGAGGCCGUGCUCGUUGUCGCGAAGGAACGAGUCAAGAUGACGCUUUCGUUUUCCGUGGAACACGACGUCUUGCAAGAGGCGAUCGGCGUCGUUAUCGUCCCCGCCCAGGGCAUGCCUCGCAUCAGUCUUGCCGAGCUCCAGGAUCUGCUGAAGGAGCAGCUUCACCCGUCCAAAUGGCCGUUCUUGGUCAUUUACAUGGACGACCUCCCGAAGAACAAUGCCGGCAAGCCGCUCCGCAUUAAGCUUGCGCAGCGCCUCAACAUCGGCAUGCUCAAUGAUGGCGUCCCUGCUCUGCAUCGUCACUACGAGGCGAAUGCGCCAGACAAGAACGUCCCGCUUUCGGAGCCUAUUCCCUGCAAUCGCGUCUCCUUCGAUAUGGACGAGAUGAAACAGGCGCUUUGCAACGUGCCUAGCGUGGAGGAGGUCGCGGUACGCAUGCAAGAAGACGGCACGCUCGAUGCCUUCAUCUACACCGAAGACGAGGCUCUCGACUCCGACAAAAUCAAGGGUGAGCUCAAGGGUGUCCUACCCGGCUAUAGCAUUCCGAAUUCGGUCUACGUCUUCAACGAGCCGCUGCCCAAGAGCAAUGGCGAGGUUAACUUCCACGCUAUGGAGGAGACGAUCGAGCAGAAGAACGCGGCGAACAUGUCUGGGCGCGCGUUGCUCGUGCGCGACAUCAUCGCGGGCCUGCUCCAGAAGGACGCGGCGAUGAUCAGCGGCGACUCGGACUUCUUCCUGCUCGGCGGGAACUCGCUUCUGCUUGGCCGCCUCUCGUACGCGAUCCGGAAGGAGACGGGCGCAUCACUCAAGGUGUCGGAUCUCUUCACGAACAGUACUGUCAACGGCCUCGCGGCGCUGAUCGACCAGGAAGUGAAAAACUUCAUGGCCGCUGCGUCAGACCGUCAGGACGAGCAGGGCAAAGUGUAUGAGUCCAGGCCGGUGUUUGGCGAGGCAUAUCAAGAGAACAUCAAGCACCGCAGCCAGUACAACCCACUCUGUUUACUCGUACAAGCUAUUCCUACGCUGUUCUUUUAUCCGCUCAAGGCUGCAUGGAAUUGGACUGUCAUUCUUAUUUUCCUCGCCUUCAUCAGCGAUUAUUUGGACAGCAACUAUUGGACGCGUGCGGUCGCUCUCUUGACUUCGAUCACCCUUGCCCGCCUGUCCUCUCGCAUUAUUUGUCCUGUGGCCGCUAUCAUCUUCAAAUGGUUGGUCAUAGGCAGGUACAAGCCCGACCAGUAUGAAAUGUAUAGCGUGUAUUAUUUACGAUGGUGGAUUGUCAACCAAUCGCUGCGGUCCGCCGGUCGAGGCAUCUUCGCUGCUCACCCGAAAGGCAUCAACCUCUACUGUCGGUUGCUCGGAGCCAAAAUUGGCAAAGAUGUCUACAUCGACAAGACCGCCACACUUGGUGAAUACGACCUUCUGGAGUUCAAGGAUGGCUGCCGAGUAGACAAGGCGCUGGUGCGCGGGUUCUGCGUCGAGCGUGAAGGCCAUUUCCGACUCGCCAACAUCGUCAUCGGCCAGAACGCGACUAUCAACACGUACACGCAGAUUGCGCCAGGUGCGGUCAUCCCUGAUGGUGCUGUCUUCGGCCCGCAUGCGUCUUCACACGAACAGCCGUCACCUGAGUCGUUUGUCAAGUACAAUCGCACAGUCUUCCGGCGACCGCAUAUCCUCCUCCGGCUCUUCAUUGGGCUGCCCAUCAUUCUCGGUGUCAUCUUUCUGUCCUACAUCCCCUGGUUCGCGAUACUCUACGGCAUGGUGCACAACGUCAAGCUUCGCGAAUCCGGCCUCAACUCUGUCGAGUCCGUCAUCACCUGGUUUGCGUACCCGACGCGAGUGCUCUUCCACAUCGUUGCGCGUAUGCUGCGCGUCGUUGCAGCGCCUAUCAUCCAGGUCUUUUUCGGCAUCAUUGUCAAGCGGAUCAUGGGUUUGAACGAGCCCGGGCCCGUCGAGGAGCAAAGCCAGUUCACCUUACUACGCCGCUAUAUCAACAGCGUGCUCCUGUCGCAGUACACACUUCGUCAUGCUUUCGACGUGCUCGGUACGCACUACGAGAUGACAUCGAUUGUCUUCCGCGCCAUGGGUGCCAAGAUCGGAAAGCGAGUCUACUGGCCUGGUUCUGGCAUUUACUGCCCAGACCCGGAGCUGCUCGAGAUUGGUGACGACGUCGUCUUUGGUUCCCGCUCAGAGAUCUUCACCACGGACAACUUCGGCACCGAGAGAAUCAACGUCGGCAACGGCGCCAUGAUCGCGGAUCGAGUAGUGUUGCUCCCAGGCACACAUGUCGGCAAGCGCACGGUCAUGGGCUCAGGUUCCUUGGGUAAACGUGGUGGUGUAUAUGAAGACGGUUCGACCUGGAUGGGCAACGAUGGCGGAGAAGCGGCGAUGUUCUCCAAGGGUCUUGGCGUCGAGCUCGACGAAGACACAAUCACGCCAUUCGGUCGCGCCUUCUACAAACGCGAAGCGACUUAUUUCGUCUUCCCUUACCCGCUGCUUGUCGUUAUCAACACCGCAUUAUCGUGUCUCUCUGCGGCCUGGUGGGCCAUUGGCGCCGUGACCGCCGCACAGGUUCUCCGCCAGCUCUACAUCCAUGUCCCCUAUCUGCACCUCUUCCACGCGAGCUGGUACCGGCCAGCCACACUGUACGGCCUUAUCGCGUGCAUCUUUGUCAUCACUAUGACGUUGCAAUCACUCGUAGCCCUGGCAUGGGUUAUCGUCUGGAAGUGGCUUGUCAUUCGGAGGCGCAAGGAGGGCAGCUGCCCGUGGGAUACUAGCUCGUACUGCCAGCGCUGGCAGCUGCACCUCACACUCUCCAAGCCACUCUAUCGCGGUCACGGCAAUGGAGGCGUACUCGCGACGCUUACGGGUUCGGCAUACAUCGCCUGGUUCUACCGCGCGCUCGGCGCCAAAAUCGGGAAGAAUUGCACGAUUUGGGCCGGCGGGCGCGUAGGGCUCAUGACGGAGCCCGACCUUGUCGAGCUCGGCGAUCGCGUCUCCCUCGACGAAUGUUCCGUCGUUGCGCACAUUAACUCGCGUGGCAUGUUCGCCCUCAAUAGACUCCGCAUUGGCACGGGCUGCGCCAUGCGCACCGGCUCGCGGCUGCUCUCCGGCGCGCAGAUGGAGGAUUAUAGCAUGCUCAUGGAGCACGCCCUUCUGCCCUCGGGAGAUAUCGCUGAGGGCGGCGGGGUAUAUGUGGGAUGGCCCGCGCGGGUGGUUGAUACCCGCCGCGGAUCGACGGCGUCCACUGUGGUUGGAUCUGAUGAGGAUGUGUACAGCAAGACACAAUGAGGUGAUAUUUUUUGUCAUGUUUAGUGGGUACUGUACAGCAUACAAUGUACGAUAGCAGCGUUACCGCAAACCCAAUCAGGAUUUUCUUUCACCAUGUAUCUCGCGACACCAUCAGGGUGCGAAGUGGAAAGGCAACGCGGUCACUCAGCAUCAACGGGGUUCCAUGUGAUGGCUCCCUCUUUUCCGCGGUCUAGUGCGUCGAUACGAGCCAUGUCCUCCGCGCUGAUCUGAAAGUCGUACACGUCCGCGUUUGACACCACUCGCUCGGGCUUGUCAGACUUCGGGAGCGGAGAGAAUCUGCGUGAAUGUGAGCCAGCUAAGAGAUCUCGGGCCGCCUUCACAAAGAACUUACCCGCGCUGCAGGGACCAACGCACGAGGACCUGAGCGGGGUGCUUGUUAUGCUUAAAAGGGCGAAUUGAGAAGAUUCUCGAGCCCGGAGCUGUUCAACGUAAAUUUACCUUCUUCGCGAUCUCCGUUAUUGCUGUGAUGUCCCAAUGUCCGCGCAUAAGAGGAGCGUAGGCCUCAACGAAGAUGCCGUGCUGCUUGCAGUAGCUGACAAUAUCUUUCUGCUGGCACAAGGGCUGGACCUGUCAUGUGUGAAUACACAGGACGAAAUGAGCACGCGCAGCAAGCAAGAGAACUUUUGUAUGUUGCCUCAAUUUGAUUGAUCUCCGGAAUUUCGAGACCAGCUUCGUGAAUAUCAUCGAGGUGCUUGACAUUACUGCAAGUGCGAUCGAUGUGAGAAUUCGCAAGUUGAUGAAAAAACGCGACGCACUAGUUGGACACGCCAAUCACUUUCAGUUUACCCUGCUUCUUGGCCUCGAUAAGAGCUCUCCAGGUGUCGAGGCGCUUCUCCUUGGGUAUGAGCGGGCUGUGGAUCAGCAUGCAAUCAAUGUAUCCUACAGUGUUUCAGAACGCGAGCAUCGUUACUCUGUGUGUGUUAUGCCCUCUCACCGACAUCGAGCUUCUGCAGCGAGUCGUCUACUGCAGCCAGAGUUAUCUCGUAUGUGCAAGGGUCAGAAUAGGGGUUGAUUUUGCUCGCUGUAGUGCACGAAUAAGCGAACCGUGUCAAAAAGCCAUGAGACACUGGGUCUCACUGAUAUAGACUUGCUCGCGUGGAAUGCCGCUCUCUUUGAGGGCCUCACCGACUUGCGCCUCAUUCCUGUACGCGCGAGCGGUGUCGAUCUUUCUGUGGCGCAAGGGUCAGCGGCUUCCACAAGCCGAACUACGAACAGAGCUUCAGAACCUGUAGCCAUGUUUCAAAGCUGCUAAACAAGCAGGCUUGCUGUUGCUGUUCUUAUACACACCGAGACCAAGGAGCGGCAUUGGGUAUCCUGCAUCAUUGCCGCGACGUGAGCAUAGGAUUGAACAACGACCUGAUGAAGAGUUGGAGUGACGCCACAUCAAUGACGACGCACCUGACGAUAAUAGGGCUACUGAGUCGAUGGAUAGAACGGACGCCAUUCUGCGAGAGACUAGAGGUAAGAGACAGGGAGGUGUGUGAUCGCCCUGACAUACCCACACAGUUUGAAGCAUAAUUAGGAGCCUUUACAUAAGGCUGCCUCGUACUGCUACCAUCAACUGCGGGCCUCGCACGUCUGCCAGAGCGUGAGUCGUCUUGAGACUGUUUUCUCGACUCGGGAGUCGGAGCCUGGAGUGCCAUAUCAGUUCCCAGCUAGAGGUAUAGUCGGACCGGGCUCUGCCCUCGAGAAGGCAGGGUAUUGUAUAAACUCAAACAUACGGUAACGCCAGUCUGAAUCGUAGCGCACAUGCACAUCCAUUGGCUUGAUAGAGAAAACAGCAGGUAUACUACAAGUUCAACGUUCAGAGAUAAAGGUUAUUGCACGGAAAAUGCCAAAACUUACAGUUGCUAACUAUGUGCUAUCUCUACAGAAUGUACAGCGUGUUGCUGCAUGCAAAUGUGACGUGAGUGUUUGUGCACAGCGACGAUAGCAGCCUAGCGAUGGAUGGGAACGUGCGAUUAUAUUGAUACAAGCACCGAGAAGCGAUCCAGAACGUCAUCUGCCCAUGGAAGUUGGAGAAAAAAGGGGGAGGAAUGAUAUACUAUGGAGUUCCAGGUGACGGGGUCCGCCUGCCAACGCUGUUCCAGUCGUCAAAAUCGCUUCCAGCAAACGACGUGAUAUCAAACUGGUCAUCGACAGAGCUCAUGCUCGGACUGAAGAUACCCGACCGCAGCGACGGCGACAGAACCGCGGUCUCACUCCAUGCGCCGAGAUGCAGGCUCGACGGCUGUGGCGACAAGAACACCGGCGACGGCGAGCGGAAGUCCGGCGAGUCCAGCGCUUGAAUGUCUGAGAACGGUGAGAGCGGCGAGAUGGCGCGCUCGGAACGAGGCGACGCGGCUGAUGUGUUGCUACGGGUGGGCGAGGUUUCGGCCGAGGCUAUGCCUGCCACGGCAACGAAGGGUGAGUGAACACGAGAUUGUGUUGAUGAGCUGCCGUCGAGCGUUGGGCUGCGCGCAGCUUCGAAAAGCAGCGAGCCCUCGAUCUGCGGUGUUCCAUUACCAUCGCUAGGCGCGCGACUCGCGGGACCGAGGACAGCGGGCGUGAAUGAACUGGCGGUGGACUCAGAGCGGGUCGAGCUCGCAGGACUGCUCACGCGAGACGAUGUAAAUGCAUCCAGGGCAGCAAGGCUUGACGAUACGGACUCUACUGUGACAGAGGAUCGCAGCCUUGAGGUGUCAACAGCUGUCCUGGGAGAGGGGCUGUGUAUCACUGAUGGUGUGGGAGCUUGGGAAGUACCAAACUUUGGGACAAAGGGUGACGACGGUGCAGAUGACUCGGUGACAGAGGGCAGCAUGGGGGAUAUAGGGUCAUAGGGGAGGAAGACGUUAGACUGGGACACAAGGUCAGCGAUAGGGAGACUGCGCUGAACUGCCGCGUACCUCGUCUAAGACGUCCGACGACCUGAUAUGACGACCGCGCUGACGGAGCAUGCUGGUCGGAUUUGUACUCCUCCACUCUGCGGUCUCCCUCGCCCUGAGGUCUCUGAGCUCGAUGGACAUGCUGCCGCCAUCAUACCCAUGGUCGUCGUCGGAAACAAGGGGCUUAUCCUCGUCCUCGUCUUCUCCCGACUCUGCGCUUGCAGGAACGGCGACAGGACCCCGUUGUCGCUGUCUGCGACGUUCCAGGUAAUCGUCGACCUUCGGGGCGACGUGGGGAUCAUAUACGAACUAAGGUGAGGUAAGGUGUUAGUGAUUUCAAGGCGUCCAACGCGAGCACACGGCAGCCAUACGCACAUGCUUCAACGCAUACACCGCGACGAAGCCUACUACUACAGUGCCAAUGACAACGUACGGAGCAGGCAUCGUCAAUGGUCGUGGUUGUCGAAAGAAGAAAGACGCAGGAGGACAUGCGGCAAAUGUGGAAUUAAUUGAGACGCCCGCAGCGGCAGCGGAGGCAGAUCAUAACGCCCGCACCGAAGGCCUGUA